CCAUUUCAGUUGGCAAUCGAGUGUCGACUUGGCUGUAUCUCCGCAGUGUGUGGCUCUGCUGUAUCCCGUAUCUGUAUCUGUUUACCCGUGGCUGUGCAUCUGUGCAUCUGUGUAUCUGAUUUGCUUCCAAUUUAUCCCGUUCGCCUCUGUUUUGUGCACAAAGUUCUUGCCGCCAGGCUGUCAUCACCUAAGCUUCUACGCUAGAAGAGAACAGCAACAGAAACGCAGCGAAAGCGAAGCAGGGUACAAAGCAACAAACAAACAAACAAAAAAUAAACAAGAAACAAAAAGGAAUAAAUAAAAGACUGAGCAACGUUCAAGCAAAAUCCAAGGAACAACCACAUAAGCAAUCUCCCCCUCCGCACUCUCUCUCUCUGUGUCUUUGUGUCUCUCUCUAGAUAACUGUAUAACUAAGCGCCACAACAAAGCAAAAAGAUCUCAAAAAACCCGAUAAGCAAUACCAUAUAGAGAAGAGUGCGCCAUCUAACGCCCAGCAGCCGCAUCCAGCAGCAUUGUAUAAUGUUAAGCAGCCUUGCAACGUUUCUAUUUGGAGCGCCAGCAACGACCGAGUCCGCGAGCAACAUAAACGAAGCGAAUCCAGCCCAGGCUGACUGCAGCGAUCCCUGUGAUACCCCAUCCCCGGGAGAUGUAAUUGAGGUGACCUCAUCGACGCCAUCUGUAGCGGGCAACAGCAGUCGCGGCCCGGUGCGCGCCUCUCCCAACGGCAAGCGUGGCAAGAAUCGUCGUGGCAAGCAGAGAUACAACCAGCAACAGCAGCAGCAGCAGCAGCAGAGGAAGCAGCAGCCGGCGAAUAUAACGAAGCUACUAACACCCACUGGUGAGGCCCCCAUUGACGAGGACUUUGACGAGGACGAAUGGUACAUUGUAGAGAAGGAGGACGAGGAGGACGACUCUCUGCCACGCAGCGAUUCCGAGGAGGAGCUCUCCGUUGUCGAGGUUCAGCAGCAGCCGAGGGCCAGCGGCACCUCCUCUUCCUCCGGCCAUGGCCAGGCAGCAUCGGGGUCAUCGCGCCAUCGGCGUCAGCACAUCAAUUCGCAUUCCCUUUACAGCGGUCCGCGGCCGCAGCAGCAGCGCAAUCAUUUGCAGCGCUCCCGCGUGGCCCGACCGCUGAGCAUCUCCACCCUGAGCCCGCCCAGAAGUGUGCCACCCGGCAGCCUGGCGGACCUUGACAAUGUCAGCCAGUCGCUGUACGUGGCCUCGCCAAGCGGCAGCGACCAUGGACAGGGUCAGGGUCAGGGCCAGGGCCAGGGUGGGAACGUGCUGAUGGAGGAGUCCUGGUACGUAACACCGCCACCAUGCUUCACCUCGAUUGGGCCAAUCAAUAUGGAAACUUCACCAUUUGAGAAUCUAUUGAUUGAGCAUCCAAGCAUGUCUGUUUAUCGUAGUAUUAGGUCCACCCAGGAGGGCACCGAAAGUUUUGUAAAUCUUGAUCUCGGCGUGCCAGCGGAGGCGCCACAGCAGGAGGAGCUGCUUCAGCAGGAGGUAGCAGAGCUGGAGCCGGAGCAGGCUCAGGCUCUACACGAGCAGCGUCCGAACAACGCUCGCUUCGAUCGCCAUGCGGCGACCCAAUUGAAGCAGGAGACUCUGGCACGUCAGAGCCAGAAGAGCAACAACAAGAAGCAGCAUCAGCAGCUGUGCCGCAGCGCCAUCAAGCGGUCUAACAAGGUGCGCGAUUUCCAGGCCAAGUCGCAUCGCCCACGCCGCUCGGAGAUGCAGCACUGCAAGCUGGUCAGUGGCGCCAACAACAACCGCAAGUGCUGCUUCUAAGUGGAGCAGCACCACCCCACAGAACACCCCUCCCUCCACUCGAGCCCCUGGAGGUGCAUUACAAUCAUGGCAAAGGCAGCGCGAGAGGGCAACGCGCGUUUCGAUUUUAAUUAGUAUUUUAACUUAACCCCCAAAAAUGGAAAAGAAACAAAAACCAACAAAUAAGAAACA